CACAACACGCAAUACCACGGCCAUGGGAACAGCCGUCGAUUUGGUUAGUGGAAUGGCCGACGUCGUGACCAUCCUAACUCUUUUCGUCAGCCUGUCCAUGGCCUGGCGUGUCUGGCGCGCCCGCAGCUCGUCGGGCGUCGAGUUCCUGCCCGUGGCCGCGACCGCCGUGUGCCUGCACGCCUACGUACUGUACGGCAUCGCCACCUGCGACUCGCACAUCACAUGGGUCAACUCGCUCGGUUUCGCCCUGAUGGUCUUCAACUCCGCCGUGCACCGCACCUUCUCUACCCGGACGGGGCCCGGCGUGGCCCUGGCGCUGAUCCUCGUGGUCGUUAGGGUUGCGUCUCUGCCGCUGUCCGCAUCACAGUUGGGUACCAUAGGGGUCGUCUGCGCGGCGCUCGACAACUUGACGCCGGUCUGCCGCAUCGUGAAGAAGAAACCCUUGCCAGAGGUCGCCUCCGCGACACUGCUCACUUGCUCACUGUGGGAAACGUACGGCGUGCUCGUCGGGAGCGGGUCGCUGAUGGCGAGCAACGGGAUCGGCGCUUCCGUCGCCCUUGUGGAACUUGCCGCGGCUCUCUGGGUGCGGUGUCGACGCACUGUCUAUGUGGCCAUCGAAACGACGUCAUAAGUGUACUUGAGGCCCGAACCAGGAUCCACCGAAGACCCCGGUAAAGCAUUCCCGGUCUUGCAGCACCCAAUGGUGGCGUGCCUUCCUUGUCGGGCUGUACUUCCGACGAAGCGCACGCUUUCGCUGAUCAACUUCACCCGCUGCAUGCUCCCUUCCCUGAAAAGUUCCCGCAAGAAUAUAGUGUGCUACUUAUAUUUUUUUUCUUAAGCUACAGAAUUAUGUGUACAUCACUUUUACUUGAUUGGCUCCCUCCUCGAUCGCUAUAAGUACUAGUUAUAUCUCUCGGAACCUUAUAUAAUAAAACAACUCGGAUUACAUCCUUCAUUUCCGAACUAAACUCCACAAUCACCUAUCGAAAUAAUAUUACAGCUUUGGU